AUGGCUGAUGAAGGUGGAUUAGAAACGGGAGCUCAUGAUGAGCUGAAGGGAACUGAGGAACAAGCUGUCAAUUUUGCUCCAUCUCCGGAUUUCUUAUGGCUAUGUGAGCAAUUGUUUGCUAAAAUUGACCAUGUUCAGUUUGAGAGAGCUAAUAAUCUGUUAACUAAACCAGUUACUGCACGAUAUUAUGAAGUUAUAUCGAAUUUUACUACAUUAUGGAGGACUACUGUAGGGAAUAAUAUUUAUCCAGCGCUGAGGCUUAUAUUGCCCUACCGGGAUAGGCGUGUUUUCAAUAUAAAGGACUAUACUCUAAUCAAAGCUAUUUGUGCUUUUCUUAAGCUACCAAAGGACUCAAGUACUGAAAAGAAAUUAAUAAAUUGGAAGCAAGAUGCAGGAAGAAGUGUCAGAUUGUCUAAAUUCUGUGUUGAGGAGAUCAAGAAACGGCGUAGCGAACCGCAGAUUGACCGUAAUGAGAGGAUUACUAUCGAUGAUUUGAACGGCUAUCUUGAUCAGCUGGCCAUUGAAAGAACUGAACAAGGACGAAGCUUUAAAAAUCUUGCAAACUCAGACAUAAUGAAUAAAUGUUUGACAUCAAUGACUUUUUUAGAAAUGCAAUACUUUUUUGAUAUUCUACUUAAAAACAGACCUCUUGGUGGCCAUGAACAUAAACUUCUCAACUGCUGGCACCCAGAUGCUCAAGACUAUCUUAGUGUAGUAUCUGAUCUUGAGACUGUUGCGAAGCGGUUAUGGGAUCCAAGCCAGCGUUUAGGCAAUCAGGAUUUGAAAAUAAAUAUUGGUCUAGCAUUUGCUCCGCAGCUGGCUACUAAAUUGCAUGUAUCUUAUCAAAAAAUUGGCGAGAAACUUGGUUGGGAUUUUUUUAUUGAAGAAAAGAUGGAUGGUGAAAGAAUCCAAAUGCAUUAUACUAACUUUGGAUCAGAUAUUAAGUUUUACAGUAGAAGAGCUACUGAUUAUACUUAUCUGUAUGGUAACAAUUUGAAGACAGGAACAUUGGCAAAUUUCAUCAACUUGAACAAAAAUGUUAAAGAUUGUGUUUUAGACUGUGAGGUAGUAACGUUUGAUUCAAAUAACAAAAUUGUGCUUCCCUUUGGAAUGGUUAAGAGCAGUGCAAAAAAUAUGUUAUCUCAAGAUGGAAUUGAUACACAAGGGUUUCACCCUUUGUUAAUGGUUUUCGAUGUGUUAUAUCUUAAUGGGGCAACUCUAGUAGACUUGCCGUAUUAUAAGCGACGAGAAUAUCUAAAACAGAUUCUAACACCAACAGCCCAUAGGAUAGAAAUAAUCAAGUCUAUUAGAGCAAAUGAUGAGCAAAUGAUUAAAAAAUCUCUUGAGAAAGCGUUAUCAGUUGGAUCUGAAGGCAUAAUACUCAAGAGGUACGAUUCUAGAUAUGUAAUAGCAAGUAGAAGUGAUGAUUGGAUAAAGAUAAAACCUGAAUAUCUGGAGCAAUUUGGUGAGAAUAUGGAUUUGGUAUUAAUGGGGAGAGAUCCGUCCAAAAAGGAUUCCUUGAUGUUGGGCUUAUUGGACUAUGAAGAAGUUAUUCAAGAUAGUCCCAUCAUGGUUAAUUCACAAUCAUCAGAGGAAAAUUCUCAAAGAUUCAGAGGUUUUGUAUCGCUUUGCAUUAUCGCGAACGGUAUCUCAAAUGAAGAAUACAAAGAAAUCGACAGGAAAACAAAAGGCUUGUGGAAUGAUAGUGAGAAAAUCCCACCUUUGGAAUACAUGAAAUUUGGAUCAAAAGUCCCACGCCAGUGGAUAGAUCCAAAGAAAUCAUUAAUACUGGAAAUCAAAGCUAGAUCACUAGAUAAUACUAGAAGUAGUGAGAGAAAAUUUGCAGCAGGAUGUACAUUAUUUGGAGGCUAUUGUAGGCAAAUCCGGGAAGAUAAAAACUGGAAGACUUGUUAUACACUUCAAGAAUUUGAACGUGCAAAAAGCGGUAAUAAUUGGCGGAAGCGAGGUAGUAGCAAGCCCCAAAAAGUAAUAUCUAAGAAAAGAAGAUAUAAUAUCAUCUCCUCUGUAAAUAAAGCCCUUGAAGACUUUGCAGAAUUGGAACACCGUUCAGACAUUUUUGAUGGCAUGUAUUUCUAUGUUUUAUCAGACUAUUUUGAUGGCGUGAAAAGAAAGAGAAUAAAAAAAUCGGAAAUUCAGAAAGUUAUUGUAGCAAAUGGUGGUCAGUUAGUUCAAAAUGUUAUAACACGCAACUAUAAUCUUAAUGAUUUGAGGAUUAUAAGUAGUAGGAAUACAGUUGAGUGCAACUCGUUGAUUGUUAGAGGUUAUGAUAUUAUUAGUCCGAAAUGGGUAUUUGAUUGCCUGUUGUCUGGUAAAAUAAUGAAAUUGGAACCGAGUCACUGUUUUAACUUUUCGAAGCAACUAAUGGAUUAUGCCUACAAAAGGAUUGAUCAGUACGGAGAUCCAUACGAAAGAGAUAUAAAUAAAUAUGAAUGGAGUUCUUUGACUAGUGAAAAGAUAUGCACAACCGCUAAGCAGCAACCUGAUGUACAAUUUGAUAAUUCACUGAUGGAUGUUCCACAUUUCCUCUUUCAUGGAAGAAUAGUUUUUCUUCUUAGCGAUAAUAAUAAUAUACAAAAGGAGAGCUUUAUGGUAGAUGCAUAUGGAGGGAAAGUAACCAAUGAACUAAGCAGCGCCAAUUUGGUUAUUGUUGUCGGUGCAGUAACCCAGAGACGUAUAAAUGACAUCAGAAAGCAGAUUUCCUCUGAAGUUAUUAAACAAGAUCAUCCACCGCGAAUACCUGAUAUGGUGUCCGAAGGAUGGCUAUACGACUGCAUCAAACAAAAUACUCAAGUUGCAGAAGACAAUUAUAGGUUACCAUAG